UUUUUUUUAUUUCCUCUGACAGUGGUUUACAAGCCAAGGUAAGCAUGGCGGCUGCAACAACAGCAGCGGUCCCGGAGCGAGCCCCUGAAACAUCCUCAGUACCUGUGCCGUUUGACUUCUCCAAACCCCCAGUCAUCGAAGGUUUUAACCCUCUGCCGAGAUCCAAAGAUGAAACAUUCAAGGAGAAAUUCAUGAGGAAAACCAAGGAGAACCCGUUCGUCCCUAUAGGUUGUUUGGGAACAGCAGGAGCACUGAUUUACGGUCUCCGUGCCUUCCAUCAAGGGAAAACCAGACAGUCCCAGCUCCUGAUGAGGGGGCGUAUCUUUGCUCAGGGCUUCACUGUAGUUGCCAUUAUUGUUGGAGUCUUUACCACAGCUAUCAAACCCAAGCAAUGAAGACUGACCAACCCCACAACUGUGAAAUCGCCGGAUUGAAAGCGGUGCCACACCAGAUCUGACCUGGUCUUACUAUCUGAAUGAACUAAAUAAUCUUUUUUUUGUUCAGAUACCUACCUCUCUGAAGGCCAACAAUAUUUAUUGUCUUCUAAAUCCGUUGAUAGCACAUGGACGUUGAAUAAAUUGCUACAUCAAUGUACAAUUUACUUCUUACACCAGUAAGCAAGUUUGAUUGUACUUCCAUUGUGCUAAAAUAGUUUUGAGGUAAACUGCUGGUAAAUAUAUCAAAUAUGUAACUUGCUCCAUGUUCUAAUGCUGCAUUCUAUUUCAAAUACUAAUGUAUUGUCACUGAAUUGAUCCACAUUAUACCUGAAUGUGUCUUCUGGUUGAGAAAACAUAAAACAGACAUUUUAAGUUCAA